AUGCCAGUGGAGACACACGAAAUAAACUUGCAAGGUUUAUCUGGAGCAAUUUUUUGGACUUCCCUAUCCGCGGUUGUGUUCGUUGUUAUCGGCUUCUCGUCAGAUGGUUGGACACGCAUUCAAAAGACUAAUGUCUGGUCGGGACUCUGGGCGAGUCAUAAAUAUUCAGGGGCCUCUGUUUUUGCACACGAUGAUUGGUUCAAGGCAGUGCAGGCAAUGGCAUGCUUGUCAUUAAUCUUCUUAUCGUUUGCUUUCAUCCUCAUUUUGCUCUACAACUUCUUGCACAGCACGUCCUUGAGCAAGUCUCUGACCCUCAAGAUGAUGGUUGCCUGCUUGAUAGCAACAGUUUUGAUGAUUUUUAUAACCGUGGUAAUAUAUGGAGUGAAGGCGAGUGACUUCCAGCUGCAUUGGUCCUACGCGUUCUUCAUCAUCGGAGGUUUUAUCACCAUUGUCGUUCUCGUCCUCUCAUUCAUGCAGAUGAGGAGAGCCAGCAUCUUUUGA